AUGCGAAAAGGGAAUGAUGCGGUUCGUGCCGUAUUUCCGACGUAUGCGCCGGCGCCACCGUUGGCGAGGGAGCAACCGACUUCCGGUUCGGUCGGUGAAUGUCGAAGGUGGAAGCGCCUGAGUAGAAGCUCUGAGCACCCUGCGGCGCCGCAGCAUCGUCGGCUACACCGCUCCGCGGCAAGGCAUGUGACUCUGGAGGCUUCUGCUGCUGCUCUGGCGGCAUGUAUUACACCUUUGCCCGCUCCUCCGAGUCAAGAUCCACACGUGUGUUUUGCACCGCCUCCUGACGGUCCUCUACCACCAGCACACGAAGCUUCUUCGCCGACUCCGUUAGCUUCACCCGCAGAGGAAGGCUAUUCGCCCGCCACCAUCAAUUCUCGCCCUCGCGACGCUUCCGCUCUACCUCAAAGGCCUGUUCAGCGAUGCAGCUGUAAAAAGCGUCAUCGGUCUCAACAUCCUCCUCCGCCAGACCGUAUCCGGAAGGAUAGUCAUCCAUCACAUCCGUCACCGGGCAAACUCCCGCGCCACGGACAAGACGAUUGGUCUACCACCGGGCUCCAAAUGCGUCGCAGGGCCCGAAAGUAUGUACGACUACGUGAGCGUUGCCACGUGGCGGAAGCAGCAGACAUGCAAACACAGGGAGCGGCAGCACUAGGUCAAUCUUGA